AGUCCAGCUUCGAUAGUGCCCGUGGUCCCUUCGCCACAUACUAAGCAUCUACUCUGACACAUAUUUGACAUUUCGCUGACGUUUUUUUAUCAAUCUAUUUAUUUUUGAAAAUUAUGGAUUUCUAUCAAAUAACCACAUUUUACGCGGUCCUCACAUGUGUAUGGGAUUUACCAUGUUUUCAAUCAUUUACUAUUUUCGUUCCGUCUGCCUCAAAGAGCAGCAAGGUCCCGAAAGUAUUUGAUGGACGAGAGGCAAAAUAUUUCAAAGAUAUCUACUCAUCAUCAUCAUCAUCAUCAUCAAAUGAGCGGUAUUACAAGGGUGGGUUCAAAGAUUCAGUUGAACCACACGACUACAUGCUUUCAAUUUACAAGACUUUCUCUACAGCCGAAAAAUUGGGGCUGAACGCAAGUUUCUUUCGGUCGUCAAAAGCAGCUAACACUAUAGCAAGUUUUGUGGACAUCGGCCAAGAUGACCUCCCACUCUCCCCUUUGCGAAGACAGCAGUAUCUGUUUGACGUCUCAACCCUCUCAGACAGAGCCGAGGUGCUGGGGGCUGAGUUGAGGAUAUACACCAAAGUGUCUGGGAAUUUCAGGAUGUUGGAAAUGGAGCCAGUGGACAUUCAGCUACUCUCCUGCCGCUCUCAGCAGCUGCUGGAUUCCAGAACGUUGGAUCUUCAGGAGUCCCAUCGGCCCAGAUGGGAGGUGCUGGAUGUGUGGGAAAUAUUUAAGGACAGGGAUCACCUCACACAGGGGAGCCAGUUCUGUCUGGAGGUCAAGGCCAUGCUGGACAACACUGAGAGGGAACUUGACUUGCAUCAUCUGGGCUUUCACAGAAAUGGUCGCUCACAACAAAAGAAGGCCAUUUUAGUGGUGUUCACCAGGUCCAAGAAGAGACAGACCCUUUUCAGUGAGAGGAGAGAAGGAAGGACAUUGAUUGGCCAUGGGGAAAAGGGGAAAGAGAGGGGCCCUCGUUCUAAUUCCAAAGCCAGCCGGAGACGCAGGACGGCGAUAUUGAAGAAUCGCCAUGGGAAGAGGCAUGGCAAAAAGUCAAAAUCGAGAUGCAGCAAGAAGCCGUUGCAUGUGAACUUCAGAGAGCUGGGCUGGGACGAUUGGAUCAUCGCUCCUCUGGAUUACGAGGCGUACCACUGUGAGGGCGUGUGUGACUUUCCUCUGAGGUCACAUCUAGAGCCCACAAACCAUGCCAUCAUACAGACCCUUAUGAAUUCUAUGAACCCCAGCAACAUGCCUCCUAGCUGCUGUGCCCCGUCCAAACUCAGCCCUAUCAGUAUUCUCUACAUCGACUCAGGAAAUAAUGUGGUGUAUAAGCAGUAUGAGGAUAUGGUGGUUGAGUCGUGUGGUUGUAGGUAAUGCCUUUUUGGAAAGGCUGUGUUUUGAGUGGGAAUGAAAUGUGAUCAUCAGGGCCUAUCUGGUGUGAAGGCAAUACUUUAAGCUACCUGAUGGUCUGGAUCCCAAAUGGCACCGUUUUCACUAUGUAGUGCACUACUUUUGAUCUAUAGGGCUCUGGUCAAAAGUAGAGCACUAUAUAGGCAAUAGGGUGUCAUUUGGGACACAGAUGAACAGAGAGCCUUGUCUAAUAUUGUAAAAUGGUGUGGUGGGAUUAAUAAUCACCUGCCCCAAACUAAGCCAUGUUCAUUUCUUCUUCCCUGGUCUGGUUCUCAGUUUAAGACUGGUAAGCGAGGCUACUUCUUCCCUGAACCCUGUUACGUGUUUUUAUUUACCAGUUAACGGGAGGGACACUUCUAAACACCCAGCAAAUGACUGAAAAUCAAAAUGUGUCAUAUCAAUGUAAAAACAUAAUUCAAACAGCAGAAGUCCUUUCAUAGUUCCUUGGCUUGGCCUUUGACUCGAGAGGAUGCUUGAGUGCUACUCAGAAUGUAAAGCCUUAUUGAGUUGCAACGUCUGUGUAAUUCAAGUGCACUCCCACCCAAAAUGCCCCCAGGCUUAGCCUACUUAGCCAAGGGCUCAGUCUGUGUUCCAAAUGGCACCCUAUUCCCUACAUAGCUACAUAGUCUAGUGCACACAAUAUAUAGGGAAUUGGGUGCCAUUUCAGACGUAGUCAUGUUGUGGUUAGAUACAAGGUGAUAAAAUAAUGCCCAUGGGCCUUUUCCUGUAAUGCACUGAGAUUCAUAUUACCAUAUGUAAGCACUUGAUAUGGAAAUUAUAAUUUAUGUUCUGUCAAUAAGUUAUUAUAUUUUUGUUGUUGGAGUUUGCUGUCGGGGUUUAAUACCUAUCAUGUUUUGGUCCUGUACAAGAUUGUAUUUCAGGUCCCAUAAAUGAACAACAACUUUGAAGGCUUAACAAAGCCUUCAUGAACCAUGUGUAGAUGGUUCAGAACGUAUGUAUUAAUAAGAAAAUUCAUACUAUUUCAAAGGUAACGUACAGUAUGGGGUUUGUAAAGCAUCUAAUGAAGACCUUAUAAAUUAUGGUUUCAGAAAGUCUUAAAAGUUGCUGUUUGUUUAAAGAGGGACCAUAUUUCAAAACUUUAAAGAUUGUAUUUUGUAAAACUUAUGGUGUAGAUUUGAACAAGCAAAGAAUGAGGGAGCCUUAACUGUUAAAACAGGAAAUUAUUACGAGUCAGAAAAAAGACCCCUGUGUUUUUGCAAUGAUAUACUGCUCCAUAGUUUAUAGACCUGUUACUUUAGAGUGUUACUUUAGAGUGUUACUUUAGAGUGUUACUUUAGAGUCAUCUUUGUUGUAUUUUGUAUUUUACUUUCUAUUUCCUACUGGAACUCAAAACCAAUUUAUUUAAUAUUCUCUAACAAAUUUAAAACAGAAGGUACAUUUACAAAUGUUUUUUAUUUUUCUUAACUAGGCAACUCAGUUAAGAACAAAUUCUUAUUUUCAAUGACAGCGGGUUAAUUGCCUGUUCAGGGGACGAACAACAGAUUUGGAUACAAGUCCAACGCUGUAACCACUAGGCUACGCUGCCGUGUAUUGGUGAUAAUGUCCCGACACUGUGUCAAAAAAACUAAUGAGAUCUAAUUAUUCAAAUACAAUUGUAAGAAAAAUACAUACUGAAUGACAAAUUAAUGAUAACAACAAUCAAUUAAAUUAUUUAACCAAAUGAUAUAUUCCUUUUUUUACCUGUUAAGGUUACAUGUUUUAUAUAAUAGUAUAUUAAAUUAUCUUUCGUAUUAUGUAUUUUGAUUAUAUUUUCCAAAAUAUGUGUAUCAUUGUGGUUUGAACUGAUUUGCGUUACUCGAUUGUGCAGUGUCACUAUAGUCCAGUGGCGGUCGGUGACGUUUAAGAUGAGGGAGGACGAUUAUUUUCUUUAUGAGCAUGGCUUUAUUUCUAUUACAGCAUAUUGGAUGACUGUUAUUCAUAUUUCAUUCACCUAGCUCAAUGUAACAUCAACAGGUUUAGGCUAUUACAUGAUACUCACAUUUUUCCUGUACACAUCAUGAGGUUGCUACAAUUUAGCCUAUGAAUGAAAUUUACCACAUAGAUGCACAGGUCGAUUAAUCAAGGAGACAGACAGUGACACAUUCAGUACCACCUUGAACACUCUUGCCUGCAUCUAGCUGAUCAAGGGUGUGAUCAUUAGUCCGACAGUUCCAAACAAGAAUUUCUAUUGGACAAACUCAGGAAUGUUUAUCCUCAUUUCGUUCCGUUUGCUUAAGUUUCAAAAAUGUUUUUCAACAGAAUCUGUGGAAUGAAUACACCCUUGAUCACACGCAAACAAAGUUCACUUUCGUAACACCCAUACAAACAGCAGGAUAAUUUUGCUCAAUGUAAAAUUCCUUCAUGUAUCUGUGCGCUCUCCUCUUCUCACAUUUUCCCUUCGCUUGUAGACUUCCAUGCAUAAAACGUCAGCUGUCUGUGACCAAGCAACAAAAAAAACAAGCCAAACCUUCAUAUCAUAACCGCCAACCGCUACACACAAACUAUCUACAUCGCCGAAGCAACUAGAAAAAACACAUUAGUAAACCCGCGACAAUCAUGCAGUACAGUGUACAGUCAGCAAGCAGUUUAGUGGUUACACUGGCGAGCCCCAGUUGCAAUAGAUUUAUCAAAUCAAAAGCUUACCUUGACUUGGAAGAGUUCCAGUGUUGGAUAGCCAUAGCCAG